AUGGACCUAUUGCGAUCCUACGCCGAGGACGAUGAAAUCGCUAACCCUGAUUCCCAAUCUUCGCCGGAUUCUUCCCCAAUCCGAAUGCUUCCUUCUAAAUCCGCCGCCCCUAAAGUCGACGACACCAUGCUAGCCCUAACAGUUGCCGGCGAAGCUGCAAGAGCUCAAUCCAAACCCCUUGAUCCGACCCAGCACCUCGUUGGAUUCAACCCGACAUACGAACAACUAUGGGCACCAAUUUGCGGUCCAGCUCACCCGUACGCAAAGGACGGGUUAGCUCAAGGACUCAGAAAUCACAAGCUAGGGUUCGUUGAGGACGCGUCCAUUGAACCCUUUGUAUUUGACGAGCAGUACAAUACUUUUCAGAAGUAUGGGUAUGCUGUUGAUCCCUCUGAAAAUAGCUACAUCGGUGAUUUGGAAAAAAUGAAGGAAUGUGAUGCAAUUUCUGUGUAUAACAUACCACAGCAUGAACAGAAGAAGAGGAAGUUAGAGAAAAAGAAGGAAAAAAUGGAGGAGGAGGAGGGUGAUGAGCAGGACGUGGAUAUGACGGAAGUUGAAAAUCCGUCCACAGACACAUGGUUGAUGAAGAACAGGAAGAGUCCAUGGGCUGGAAAGAAAGAAGGGUUGCAAGUGGAAUUAUCUGAGGAGCAGAAAAAGUAUGCUGAAGAGUAUGCUAAGAAGAAGGGUGAAGAAAGAGGCGGUGAUAAAGAUAAGGCGGAGCCUAUGGUUGAAAAGAGCACAUUUCAUGGUAAAGAGGAAAAGGAUUAUCAGGGCAGGUCUUGGAUUGCUCCACCGAAGGAUGCAAAGGCUGCUAAUGAUCAUUGUUAUAUACCAAAGAGAUUAGUUCAUACUUGGAGUGGACACACGAAAGGGGUUUCAGCUAUUAGGUUUUUCCCUAAGCAUGGUCAUUUGAUUUUGUCAGCUGGGAUGGAUACAAAGGUGAAGAUUUGGGAUGUUUACAAUUCCGGUAAAUGUAUGAGGACUUACAUGGGGCAUACAAAGGCAGUGAGGGAUAUUUGGUUUAGCAAUGACGGGUCGAAGUUUUUGACAGCUGGAUAUGAUAAGUACAUUAAGUAUUGGGAUACAGAAACAGGACAAGUAAUUCAAACCUUCACGACAGGUAAGAUACCCUAUGUGGUGAGGCUUAAUCCUGAUGAGGAUAAGCAGAAUGUACUUUUGGCUGGUAUGAGUGAUAAGAAGAUUGUGCAGUGGGAUAUAAACAGUGGACAGAUUACACAAGAGUACGAUCAACAUCUGGGGGCAGUUAAUACAAUUACCUUUGUGGAUAAUAAUAGGAGGUUUGUGACCUCUAGUGAUGAUAAAUCACUACGUGUUUGGGAAUAUGGUAUUCCGGUUGUUAUCAAGUAUAUAAGUGAACCCCAUAUGCAUUCCAUGCCAUCUAUUUCGCCCCAUCCAAAUGGGAAUUGGAUUGCAGCACAAAGUUUGGAUAACCAGAUUCUUAUUUAUAGUACACGAGAGAGAUUUCAGCUGAAUAAAAAGAAAAGAUUUGCUGGACACAUUGUCGCUGGUUAUGCCUGCCAGGUCAAUUUCUCACCUGAUGGACGGUUUGUCUUCUCAGGAGAUGGUGAAGGCAGAUGCUGGUUUUGGGAUUGGAAAUCGUGUAAGGUCUUCAGAACUCUCAAGUGUCAUGACGGGGUCUGUAUUGGUGCAGAGUGGCAUCCUCUGGAACAAAGUAAAGUUGCUACUUGUGGUUGGGAUGGUUUGAUCAAAUACUGGUAA